GUCGUCUGUGGCGUUCUCGGUUGGCGAUCCGUGAUAUCAGAAUUUGGAAAGUGGGUGUUGCUUCCGUCAGCCGUCAACCGUCCAUCAGCUUGCAGUGAGAGAGUGCCGAGAGUAUCGCGCUAUAUCUAACGGGAGGGCGGAAUCGCAGAUAGGAAAUCUCGGCGAGCCACCCUCCGUGGGAGUCAUGUAUUGAUCUUGACUCAAAAAGCUAGCUCUACCCUCUGUCAAGAUGAUAGGGGGUCUAUUUGUUUACAACCAUAAAGGAGAGGUACUCAUCUCCCGAGUAUAUCGGGAUGAUAUUGGCCGUAACGCAGUGGAUGCAUUUCGUGUCAAUGUUAUCCAUGCGCGGCAGCAAGUGCGCUCACCUGUAACCAACAUUGCCAGAACAUCGUUUUUCCAUAUAAAACGCGCUAACAUUUGGUUAGCUGCUGUCACUAAACAAAAUGUUAACGCAGCGAUGGUAUUCGAGCUGCUGCUGAAGAUCAUAGAUGUUAUGCAAUCGUAUUUUGGCAAGAUUUCAGAAGAGAACAUCAAGAAUAAUUUCGUGCUUAUUUACGAGCUGCUCGAUGAGAUACUUGACUUUGGAUAUCCACAGAACUGUGAUACGGGCGUGUUGAAGACAUUUAUCACUCAACAAGGAGUGAAAUCAGCUACCAAGGAAGAACAAGCUCAGAUAACAUCGCAAGUCACAGGUCAAAUCGGAUGGAGGCGAGAGGGCAUUAAGUACAGACGUAAUGAGCUCUUUUUGGAUGUACUUGAAUAUGUGAAUCUAUUGAUGAGCCCUCAGGGUCAGGUUCUUAGUGCACAUGUUGCUGGAAAGGUGGUAAUGAAAUCCUAUUUAUCUGGUAUGCCAGAAUGUAAAUUUGGGAUUAAUGACAAGAUUGUUAUGGAGGCUAAGGGCAUGAAAGGAAGCGGCGGAUUAGGAGGUGGCGGUGAUGAUCCCACUGGAGCUAGAUCCGGCAAACCGGUUGUUGUUAUUGACGACUGCCAAUUUCAUCAGUGCGUUAAGCUUAGUAAAUUCGAGACCGAACAUUCCAUUAGUUUUAUACCACCGGAUGGUGAAUUCGAGCUGAUGAGAUACCGUACUACGAAGGAUAUAUCAUUGCCUUUCCGCGUAAUACCAUUAGUACGCGAGGUGGGCCGAACGAAAAUGGAAGUUAAAGCGGUUCUGAAAUCAAACUUUAAGCCCUCGUUGCUGGGACAGAAGAUAGAAGUGCGCGUACCGACGCCGUUAAACACUGCCGGUGUACAACUGAUAUGUUUGAAGGGUAAGGCGAAAUACAAAGCAUCGGAGAACGCGAUUGUUUGGAAGAUCAAGCGCAUGGCUGGCAUGAAGGAGACGCAGUUGUCCGCCGAGAUCGAUCUAUUAGAGACGGACACGAAGAAGAAAUGGACGAGACCGCCGAUAUCAAUGAAUUUUGAAGUGCCAUUUGCGCCGUCUGGCUUCAAGGUGCGCUACUUGAAAGUUUUUGAGUCCAAAUUGAAUUACUCGGAUCAUGAUGUGAUAAAAUGGGUUCGUUACAUUGGCCGCAGCGGCUUAUACGAGACGCGGUGUUAAUGAUUCCGAAUCUCGAUAUUGAGGCAUAAAUAAUUGUAAAGAAGUAAUCUCAUUGCAGAAGUCACGACUGCGAGUAUUGAUAUUGGCUAUUUCUCGUUAUUAUUUCAUUGUAGCGCAUAUUUGAAGCGACGAUUUGAAAUUCAACAAUCGUUCGGAUGGUUAAUUCCUAAUCGUGCACGAUACGUAGCGAUGGAAAAUGUAUCGAAAGAAGAAUUAUCAGCACAAAAUUUCUGUGUAAUUGUAGGAAAUUUUUUUUUGUAUAUUAUAUAGCGUACUAGCAAGAGUGACGUUCUCAUUUUCAUUUAUUAGGAAAAAAUGCGAUGGUGUAUUAGGAGAAAAUUUUCAAACGGAAAAAUAAAACUAGAUUCCCUCUUGUGUGAAAAGAUGUUGAACGGAAUAUAUCAUGAUAAUCGGUACCAGGCGGAUUAUUUCCUUCGUGCCAAUUUUUCAGUCGUCCAUUUUAUUCACAUCGAUUCUUAGUCGUAAUAUCACACCAUGCGUGGUGGAUAGUAUGAGCUAUAAUCAGAUUUUGUUAAUAAGAUUUUUUGAAAUGGAAAAUUUGUUAUUGAAGAUGACGAUAAUUAGAUAUAAUCAUGAAU